GUGACUUUCGAAACUCAGCUGAUUCAAUCAGCUUGGAAUUAAUUUUUUGGGUGACAAGCAAAAAGUUUAAAUUGUUUUCCAUUUGGUUUGAUUAAUUAAUUGUCUUUUUUUCACUUCGAUUUAAUUGUUAAAUAAGAUGGCUACUACUCAUACACAACAACCAAUUUCAACUGGUAGUUCAGUUGUUGGUGUUUGCUUUGAAGAUGGUGUUGUUAUAGCGGCUGAUAAUUUGGUCUCAUUUGGUCGAAUGGCAAGAUUUCGUAAUUGUUCACGAUUGUAUAAGGUUAAUGAGACAACAAUCGCUGGUUGUGGUGGUGAUUAUGCUGACUAUCAAUUUCUAUACAAUCUAAUUGAACAGAAGCAAAUUGAUAAAGAGGCUAAUGAGGAAGGUGUUCAUUUAGGACCUCGUGCUUUACAUUCAUGGUUAACUCGAGUACUUUAUAAUCGUCGGAAUAAAUUUGAUCCACUUUGGACCACUUGGGCCGUUGGUGGUAUCGACGCUGGUAAACCUUUUCUUGGUUAUGUUGAUAAAUUGGGAACCGCUUACAAAGAUGAUUUGGUUACCAUUGGUUUUGGUACUCAUCUUGCAGCUCCGGUAAUUCGUAAAGCUUUAGAAGAGAAAAAUGGUAAACUAACUCGUGAUGAGGCCAUCGAAUUGGUUAAAAAAUGUAUUUCUCUUCUAUUUCUUCGAGAUUGUUCCGCUCACAAUGUCUAUGAAAUCGCUGUUGUCGAUAAAAAAGGAGCUCAAGUGUUGGGUCCAUAUCGUGUUGAUUCAGAUUGGUCUCUAAUUUCAUCCUUGAGAGAUUCAUAUUAAUAAUAGAAAUCACAUUUUUCCGGUGUUUUCAAAUUUUCAUAAUUAUAAUUUGAUUCUAAUUGUUGUCAUUUUUGAUAUUAUGCUGAGAAGUAAAAAAAAAUCAAUAUGAAUAAUGAGAAAUAAAAACCAAACAAAAGACAGCAAACAAAACCCAAAAUACUAAUCAAA